AUGACGUUCGUGCACACAGGUCUUUCCCGAAGCGAGCGACUCCUCCCACUGGAGUCCGCAGAGGUUCUCGACUCAACCGACUCGUUUCUCCUCCACGUCCUCCACCGUCACCACGGAGAAGGCGAUGUCGCAGGCGAUGAGCAGUGGCAUAACAAGCGGCUGCGCGAGCACAUCUCGUUAUACUGGGAUCAGCAGUACGCGUACCGCUUUUAUCAGCGCAAGCUGUUGAGCAAGGUGGGAUCGGCGCGCGGCCCGGUACGCUUUGCUGGCUUUCCGCAAGUACGUUGUGCGCUGAAGCGCACCGACUUGGCGUCAAUAGCGGCACGUGCUGCGGCAUCCGCUGGCGAUCAGUGCCACGGAGCAAGCGCCUCAGCAAAUGGUGGCACUCCCGUGCCGUUUCAGAUUAGGGCGGAGGCCGCCGCUGUCGCCUCUUCAUCUCUCUCGCAAUCCUUUGAGGGUACUUUGCCGCCGCCGCGCUCGCUGGCAGCGUGGAACUGGAUCUCACUGGUUUCUCCGUACGAGCGGCUGCUUUGCCCCUCACUGCUGUAUAGUGCAUUGCUUUCGCCUUCUGUCGGCUGCUGCACAUCUCUGUACUACAGCACUUGGCAACCAUCACCAGUACCUGAGGCUGCUUCUACACUUGCAGUCGCUGGAUGUGCACGCGCGCGGUGGAGCAUGCACACGUGUCAGUCACUGUGGUCCCUGCACUCCUUCGCUGCUCAGGCUUCGGUACCGGCUCAGGAGGUGUACGUGAUGUGCGCGGGCACCAUCAUGUAUCUUGACGUAGUCCUGACCGCUGGCAGGGUUUGGUCCGAGUUGGAGGGGCUGUGGGGCAGCAGCCUCGUCCUCGAGCUUGAAAAAGAAGAAGCGGAGAUGCAAACGGGCUGUCCUCACGACAGCAAAGCCGAGGCGUGUCGACAACUGAGAUCGUUGAAGUUGCUCCUUUCUCAGCCUCCCCAGACAUACGCAGCCAUGCUCCAGCAGGUGCGAGUGCUGCUGGAAGCUCUCACAAGAACCAACACAGUAUCCACAAGCACCAAUGCGUCUGCUGUUCCCGAAGAGGUGGUCACUGCGCUCCCUCGCCCUCUCGUGCCGUGGCUUGAAGCUGCCAUGGAGAAAGAGGUGUGGACUGCUGCUACAGAUACAUGGACAGCCGACGGCGGCAGCAGCAGCAGUGGCGGCGGCGAUGCGAGCUCCGUUGCAAUACAAAUCCUGAGGCAUGCUGCUGCAGAGUGGUUGUCGCGGCGAGGUGCCACCGUCACCGCUGCCACACCGACUGGCAGCCGCGCAGUGCCACUGCCGCCGCGCGAUCUCUGCCUGUCGCGAGGAUCAAGCCCUGAUGUGUCCGCCUGGUCCAAGUUUCGCAUGUUCCCCGGUUACUCCUCCGCGCGUACAGGGUCUUCCGCACCGCGUUUGGGCGCACGCCAGCAACCUAUCACUGGCGUGAGGUCCGCUGGCUCUGCGACUGCCGCCGCCUUCACCUUUGAGCCUUUCAUGCCUCACGACACGCCUCGAGAUCAGCAUCCCUUCUCUCUUCCUCCACUUCCCCAAGAUCCUGCGCUCAUCGCCUUCGCCGUGGUGUGGCGACGCACGCUGAGGCGAUGUGUGCUCGAGCCUGACGUACUGCGACAACGUCUGCGCCAGGUGAUCCUCGGUUACACUGGUCAGCGCUGCGAGGAGCUCCUUCGAGAAGCAAAGCCACAUCGAUCUCAGCCGCGGCAAUCAGUAAAAACGUUCACCUUGGCCGGAUCACGCGAAGGCGCAUCGUCUACAACGGUACCAGCAGAGCACACAGGCACGAUUCGCAAGAAUGGCGCUGCUGCUGAUUCCGCUCUUGAUGCAGCUUCACUUUCAGCUUCGCUGCCCUUGGCCGCAGCCAUGGCGCCUUCAUUUCUACUGUUGCUCACCUGUGACCCUAUUGCUACUUCGUUCCGUGUGUUGGGCCCCCGCUGCGGUGAAUGGCUGACGUCCAGCCGCGGUGGUGGUGGUUGGAGCGGCUUCCGGGGAGAGCUGUUCCGCUGUGUCGGACCCCCGCCGCCACCGUUGAUGGUUUCACCAUUGUUGAGUGGUGCCCGAGCAGCACAGGUGCGUCGUCGGCUACCACUGACUCUGAGAACUCCUCCCUCUGCUGUCGCCUCUACACCCUCCGCGGAGCAGCUCACCGAGACGUUUGUGGACGGGGCUCUAGAGGUGGACGGUGCUGGCGGCGUUUCUUCCGCGUCGUCCACGCCCCCUGCUUUGUGUGUUUCUCCCUUGCUGUACAGUGCUGAGGAGCUGGCGGAUCGACUCUGUCGCCUCGGCUCGGCGUUGCCCCGCUACGCUACGGAGAUGUGCGGCGAGCGUCUCCGCCCUGCCGACGCGGACUUUGUGCAGGAGGUGCUGCAGCGUCACUGCCUUUCUCUUUUUCUUGCUUGCCAGCGUCUUGGUAUUCAGCAGUGGGGAGUGCGCAGCUGGAUGAAGGGCAUUGCCCUGACUCUGCUGGACAACAGCGGGGCAGAGUCCCGAGUGAUCACCCCGGCGAGGCUCGUGGAGUUGGGGCUGCAACAAGCGAGGUCGACUGGCGGCCCGAGCGUCUUCGCGACGGUGGCAGCGUUGCGGAUGGUGAUGGGUGGUGGGUUUAGUGAGGCGCUCACAUUUGUGGAGCAUGUGCAGAAGACACCCGAGCGCACGGUCCGGCGACUGCCGGUCCGACGACUGGUGAGUAACAUCGGCGGUAUCGGCAGCGGUGGCACGUCACUGCCGGCACCGGCGCUCAACUGCACUGUGACAGCCGUGGAAGUGCUGCUCCUGCGCCGCGCAGAAGAGAGUGCCCUCUUUCGCAUUUUCCAAAGCCACCCCUCCGCAACGCUGCUGGCUGGCUGCGGUGUGCAGAGGCUCGCGUUACCGCCAACCCCCACGUCGUCAGAGCGAAGGCACGGGAGCGGUGGCGGUCAUCUGCACUCGCCUGGAUCGUCGAAACUUCUUCUGGUGCGCACAUGCGGGGUUGCAGUGGAUUGGGAUUUGCAGGAAUGCUACGAGCGACCGAGGCUCUCGCGACUGCGGGAGCCUCAGCGACUGGUGCCGCACCUUUUUCGCGAAGGCGCUUCCAGUGGAAGUACGAAACGCCUGCCGCUUCCUCCAGAGCUUGGGGACGCUGUGGAGCGGGUGUCGUUGCAGCACAUACGUGGGAUGCUGCAGUACUAUCUCCACGCACUAGACACCACCGCAGUGCCCUUUGCUACCAGCGUCACUGCCAGCGAUGCACCGCUGACGCGCGGCGUAAAACGAUCAAGAGUAGAUUUGGCGAUCAAGGGGGUGGAGAGGCCCUACGAGCCGCUGUCGAACACCGCCACGCAGUUUGCAAGUGGCAUAGCAGACAUGGAGUCCCCCACCGCGCUGUCACAGGCUAACGCGAGUGGUGCUUCUGUCGCUCACAUGCCGCGCACGACGUUGUUCCCCGUUGACCAGGCGGCGGUGCUGUACGUACUGCGGCACCACCCUCAGUACUACCGGCAGGUGAAAGGGUGCGGAAUCAAGCAGGUUUACGUGGCUGCGGCAACGUUAUCGCCGGAGGAAUCGGCAGCAGUGAUGGCCCGUGCGAGUAUGGUGCUGGAGCAAACUGACACUUUCACCGAGGUUGCGGCCACUUCUUCAGCCCCCUCCUUGGCUACUGCGGGGCCUCGCCGAGCGGUGGUCAUUGUCGAGCGGGCUUGCGGUCAAUCGGUGGAGGUGGACGUGGAGGCUUGCUACGACAAGGGGCGCGAGGGCAGGCCGCUGCGGCCCUUUAUGAUGCUUGUCUAA